AUAGUUUGAGAGUCUAGAGCAGCAACACACCAGCACACUACAUGAGUUGACCUACUUUGUUAAACUGACCACAUUUUUUUGAAGCUUUUCCACGUGUGUGUCUGUGGGUGGGCCUUUUCUAGACAGCAGAGUAUUUAAGGAGGAGCCACUGUAGAAAUCCUAAUCCAUCUGGUCUACGCUUCAUCACUUGAUAAUAUAAUCCAGAACAACGUUGCUUUUGGAAAAACGUUGUGAAGAUGAAGGCCAAAGUGCUCCUGAUUGGUUUUCUGUGGUUGCCUCUUUGCUGCCUGCUUCCUGCUCCCCAAGAGAAGAUCAAUGAUCAGUCCUUUCCACUGGACAUGGCUGUAAACUCUGUUGAUGACAUGUACUCUACCUGUGCUGCACAGAUGGAAGCAAAGGUCAAGAAGACGUACUUUGAAAAUGAAAUGGAAAUGAAAAACAAUGUAUUCAGCAAGGCAUGGAACGCAACAAAACAUUGUAUGAAUAAAAAAAUAGAAGAUAAAGAUGAUGCUUUAACAAAGGAUCACAGGCGAGCAAUUUGUGUUUACACAGCUGGAGGAAAGUUACAGUUCUAUAAGGUUUUCAAUGAAGUAGUCCGGACCAACAAACAACAAUAUAGUUCAUCUUUUCCAUUCCAUUCCUUACAUUUCUGGCUGACCAGAGCGAUACAGAUCCUCAAAACCAAUCAUAAUGAAUGUUACACAACUUUCCGUAGAACCGGAGUUACUUUCACUGGCAAACUCAAAGAAAUUCGAUUUGGUAUUUUUGCCUCCUCCUCCAAAUUAUCAAAUCUGACAGACUUUGGUAAGACAACAUGCUUUAAAAUUACAACCUGUCAUGGAGCUUAUCUGAAAAAAUACCCGGUGCUUGGAUACAAAGAGCAGGAAGUGCUCAUUCCACCUUAUGAGAAGUUCGAGAUAACCCUAACCCUAAUCAACGAAGAUGAACCUCGUGAACUGUCCGACUGUGAGACUGUCUAUGUUCUGAAAAGUAAGGGUGUCCAAAGCAAUCUUGACUGCCAAGUUGCAAACCAAAUAAUUUUGUGAUUUUCUUUCUUCACACGCAUAAAUUUAGAACAGUUUCAUCUUGUUCUAAAUUUACACCUGGCUGAUCUUUAAAGAGAAAGUUCAGAUUCCUUAACUUCCUCAAUUAGAAUAAACAUGCAGAAAUUUGAGCAGUAGUGUAAAGCUAAUUGCUAGUUCAGCAGAGGUUAAUGUGGCUUUUUCUACCCUAAAACAACUAGAAUGUGUCAUCUAUAAUGUAUUCCAUACAAAAUACCUAAGUGUAACCUGAUAGAGAAACUAUCAGAGCCAAAACCAAAUCAGUGUAAAGAUGAGACAGUUUCGACUUGAAUCACUUGUUUUCCUCAAAGUUUUUAGAGAAAACAUGUUUCAGUUCAGGCUAAGGUUGCUGUCUCCUUAGACAUGAUAUUGAUUUCUUAUAGCUUCUCUAUACUACUUAGAACCAUUUAACCUGCUGCAAGCUGUUCUCCUGGGUUACUUAGACAACAGUUUUUUUAAUCAUUGUUUUGCUUAUGUGAAAGUACUUCUGCUCGAAGCAAAUACUGUUCUUUUUCUUUAUUCUUCAAUAAAUACAUUAUGU